CAACAGCUUGCUUACUCUCAUGUACGCAGCGACGUUCUGGCGCAGACUCUUGCCCCGCUCUCUCUUCACUUUGACCUCCCUCAGUGCCGCAAACAUGGCCAACGGCAUCGUACCGUCACGUACAGAAGAUGGCGAAGUAGGGCUACGUCGACAUCCCAAGUACUGGCUGGAGGAUGGCUCGCUCGUCGUGCGCACUCAGGGCGAUCUCUUCAAGGUCCACAGGACGAUCCUACAACGACAUUCCCCGGUGCUAUCAUCGCUCACAGGAGGUACAUUUCAAGAGGAAGCAGGGCGUACAGAUGGUUGUCCGACUCUACACCUGCCGGACGAGCUGGGAGUGGACAGUGCAGACUUUGAGACGCUGCUCGAGCACCUAUACCACGAUUUCCCAUUAGGACCUGACGCAUCGUUUCCUCGAGUUGCAUCAAUACUCCGUACAUCAUCCAAGCGCCAGCUUGACUUCCCACUACUGCACGAGCUCACGCGCCAGAGACUUGAAAGCAUGGUGCCAUCGGAUCCUACGGCCUUCUAUGAGGUCGAGCGUCCAGAUGAUAUGCUAACGCUUGCCGUUGACUAUGACGUCUACACGAUCCAGAAGGCGCUCUUCUAUACGAUCGCUACACAUGCGAACCUCCAACAUGACGAGCCAGAAGGCCUCGUACCAGGAGUCAGCGCUCCCAAGGACGCAGAGCCCGUAGAGCCAUCGCCCGCCAAUCAAUUCAACCUCUCUCCCGAACUCACAAAGCGGUGCCAAAGACUCCUCGACGACCUCGUCGCGCACUUCACCCCGAUCCUCUUCACGGUCGCGACCGCAGGGCACAUGGCGUGCACAGACGUCUUCGCAGAGCAGUGGAUGCCGCUCGUCAUCCAGCCCGCGCUAGAGAACAGCGGACUGUGUCGGCCGCUUGAGACGCUGCAGACGAUCAUUGAUCUAGAUUGGAAGGCGCAGGGCGUGUGCGAGGAGUGCGUGAGGGACAAGAGGGAGGAGUGGAAGGAAGAACAGGGGACAGUUUGGGAAAAGAUGAAUGGGUGGCUGGGGUUGUCGGAAAAGCAGUGACUGAGUGAGUGCGUGCGCGUUCUGAGCGUCGACACGGGUAAAGGAUCAAACUCAAGCUCAAGUCCGAAGAGAUGAAGUGUAACAGGAUGUACUUAGACAACGUUUGUAUCGAUUGUCUCCACAUACUUGAC